AUGAAUUUUUGUUUAUGCACAGGGUUUCCCUGCCGAGAUGACGUUUGGAAAUCGUGGGGUGUUUUCCGCGAGUUGCGCGAACAUUUUGUGUGUUUCGGAAGCUUGAGACGCGUCUUGAUUUCGGAAAUGGCAAUGUUGAAGACCCCAGAGCAGAAGGUGAUUUUGUGCGGGGAAUAUGGCGUCGGAAAAAGCUCCUUGUUCAGACGUUUCAUGACCGACUCCUUCGUCGCGAAUUCAGACCGGAAAUCCACCUUGGGUUUGGAUCAUUACGAGAAAAUUUAUACCUCUGCUGACCGCGAAAUCAAGUUACAAUUGUGGGAUACCGGUGGAAUGGAGCGGGUUGCUUCCGUGACUUCGAGUUAUUACAAGUUUGCUGAAGCUGCUGUGUUGGUGUUUGCUGCGAAUAGCAGAGAUUCCUUCAAUGCCCUUUCAGUCUUCCAUAACGUGGUAUCAGCCGUUUAUAAAACAUCAUGUCGAACUGGCGAAGGAGUUGAAGAGAUGUUCGACGAUAUUGCGAAGUUGUUGCUGGAAGUGAACCGCUCAAGAAUGGAGCUGGAAGCGUUGGAGCAAGAAUCCUUCCGGUUGCUGGAAUGUGAUGAACCCCCUGUUCAAGACCAGUGCAUUGUGACAUUUCCGUCGUCAUUUUCUGCCGAGGAGAGGAAGUUUGUGCGUUUCAUUGCGUCUCUCGCCGAGCUCGACUGCUUCAGUGAAGGCUCCUUCCCUGAGAGAACCAUCAGUAUCAGAAAACGCAAUGGACCGUCGCCUCCUGGUCUGCGAGCCAAAUUGUCAUUAACUGCCCUCGGAAGAUUCUGCUUGGAAGAAUUUCACAAGGAUCAUCCGUCGAGCGAUUUUGAUGCCAAGAUACUCAAAUCACUCGCUGAUGGCCAAUUUGCGAAACAGAGCCAAGAAAUCAAAGAUGUAUUUCAGCCCCAGGGCCGCAUACCAGCUGGUGAUCCAAGAAUACCAGUUGGUCCGUCGUCGACGAGAAUGCGUCAGGAACUUCUAGACAGCCGUCCAAUUUUGAAAUACGCCUCCGCCGUCCUAAGCCAUGUGCAGAACAAUCGCUACCUGAUGAUUCACGGAGAAACUGGAUGCGGAAAAUCGACCCAAGUGCCGCAGUUGAUUAUGGAUAAUGCGAUCGACAAGGAUCAACACGUGCGAAUUAUUUCAGUUCAGCCAAGAAGCCUGAAUGCCAUCCAAUUGGCAGAGCGCGUCGCUCACGAAAGGGGAAACACGGGUCAGAAUCAAAUCGGAUGCGUCACUCGGAUGGAACCACUGAUGUCUUCGAACGGGGUGCUGACGUUUACCACCCUUGGCUCACUGACGAGGACCCUUGCUGUGAACGGGCACCAGUUUUUUCGUGGUGUCACGCAUUUGAUCAUUGAUGAAGUACAGGAGCAUGGGAUCAAGUGUGACGUGCUUCUAGCCGAUUUGAAGUUUAAGCUCAGUUUCAGCCGUGGCACAAAAUUGAUUUUGCUUUCAGCAUUCGCCGAUCUGAAGCUUUCCGCGUAUUUCGACGAUUGCUCCAUGCUUGGAAUACCCCCAUCUAAAGAAUCGACUCACUCGGUGAAAGAAGUUUUUCUGGAAGAAGUUCUGAGUUCAGUCGGAUUUACGUGUGCUGAGAUGGAGGCUGAAAAAGCUCUUGCGGAAGCGAGCUGCUCUGAGAAACUACAAUCGUGGAAACAGAAGCCGAAAAACGGUGUCAGCAAUGUGGAAGAAGGACAUCAUACCCCGGAAAACCCCGUGAACUCAGACGCUGGUGGACAAAAUCGUAAAGAAUCAUUUGACUGUUUGCUUGAAUCAGCUAUGAAUGCUGGUUCACCGGAAUUGUUUGAUCGGAUAUUACAAAGCAUCACUGAUCGCUCUAUGCACGUCAAUCACGAACACAGUAAAAUUGGAUUGACGGCACUUAUGUGUGCUGCUUAUGGGGGUCGGGAGGACGUUGUCAAAGAAUUAUUAUCUUUGAAAGCAUCGGUCAAGGCUAGAACGAGGUCCGUCGACCCUGAUUUGCAACUUUCGGCGAGUGAUUGGUCCCAGAUUCGAGGAGAGCAUCGCAUUCAGCGUUUGUUGAAUGAAUCGCAAAUCGGCUGCACUGAAACCUGGGACGAGGACUUGGAACUGGUUCUUCGCAGUAAUCAAAUGGACCUCGAAGCGAAAAAGUCUCUCUCGUAUUACUUGAGGUCUAUCAAAGAGCCGUUUGUGGAUUCGAGGGUUUUACUGGAACUUCUGCUGAAUGUAAAUGCUGAGCGAGAUCCUGGGGCCAUCAUGGUGUUCCUGCCAAGUUACGAAUUCAUUUUGGCUAUACGAGAAAAAAUCCUCGAAGAUCCGCGUUUUACGCAAUGCGUGCCGUCGUUUCGGAUCUUCAUGAUGCACGAAGCCAUGCGGUCAACGGAUCUACCAUUGGUGAUGCAAACGUGCGAAGGCUCCCGGAAAUUGAUCCUGGCUACUUCGAUGGCGGAAUUUUCCAUCACUGUUCCGGAUGUCCGUUUCGUCGUGGACUGCGGCCGUAUUCAAGACACUCGUUACAGCCAAGCCGAGAAAACCUUUUUGUCCCAAUUGUAUUGGAUUUCAAAAAAUACGGCUAGGGUUCGAAGUGGCAGAGCCCGUGCCAGUGGGUGUUGUGUAAGCUACCGGCUUUACACCCAGGCACGGUUUGAACAAAUGCCCGAAGUUUCACCUCCUCAACUUCACGUUGCUCCGUUGGAGAAAAUUUGCUUGAGAGUGAAAGGCUUGACGAGCCAAAGUAUUUCUAUCGUGGAAUUCUUCAAGCGAACCAUUGAUCCUCCUCCGGAAGAGAGGGUUGACGAUGCUCUGCGUUCUUUGAUGGAUCUCGAAGCAUUGGACGCUUCUGGAGAACUCACUUUACUCGGACUCUAUUUACUGGAAAUGCCGAUCCAGCCGCGUUUGGGGAAGAUGAUUUUGUACGCCAUGAAACUGAAAUGCUUGGAACCGGUCCUCACCAUAGUGAGUGCUCUUCGUGUGAAAAACGUCUUCAGGCUUCCACAGGAUGAGGAUCACGUUCACUUCACUGCUCAAGCUCGCAAGAGUCUCGUCGAGGACAUUCCCAGUGAUCUCUUGGCUUUGUUGAGAGCAUUUCAGUCCUGGUCGAAAGCUAAGGCUGAGGGAUCAGACCGCGAAAAGCGGCACUUGAAUAGAUUCUGUCUGAGUCAAGCUGCACUUGAAGAAGUGAGUUCUUCGAGACGAAAAAUUAUUGCUGCCAUCACGACUGCCGGAGUGUUGAAGUGUCGGAGUCCCGCGGAAAUGCGAGCUUUAAAUCUGAAUUCUGAACAGUGGCCAGUUGUGAAGUUUGCCGUACUUGCUGCUCUCGGAGAAAAUGUUUGCCUGCUUAAUGCGUCGGAUUCGUCGUACGGACUAGAUUCUCCGUUCGAGAGCGAUGCGAAAAUCGAUUCAAAAUCAUUGGUGAAGCUGUCAAAGAAGGGUUUACCUUCGGGUGCAAAUUCGAGCGCCUCGUGGAUAAUGUUUCAAGAAAGAAAGAUCAACAGGGAAGGAUCAACGUUGGGCGAAUGCGAUGUGAUUUCGGCGGCCUCUGUUAUUUUGGCCUGUGGCCCGAUACUUUUGGACAAUUGCUCCAGGCUGAGACCUCGUGGCCCUUGUUCCGAAGGAUUUCACGCAGAACAAUGGGACGAACAUUCGGAUAGUGAAUCAGAAGCGGACGGCGGAGAGUCGCACAAUCCCAUGGUUUCAAUUCGCCUGAGCCCUCGAUUGAUAUUCAGGAUGAGGAAGAACGAAGCCUUGCUUUUACUGCAUUUGCGGGACAAGUUGAAGGUCGCUUUCUGCCAAUUUUUGCGUGGUGGACCCGUGCGCAUGCUUGACCCUGGUUGUGCUGCGAACCAAGCCCUUGUCGGUUUUUUGGGCAAAGAAGAAAAGAGUUUGAAUCUUCCUGAAGCGCUGAACAUUGGAUUGAAAACGAAGGGGACCUCUGGGGACUGCUAUUCCGCUCCUCCAUCAGAUGAUCUCCGAGGAUUGUCGAAAAAGCGAACGAAUGUUGCCGAAGUUGUCCCUGGCGGAGCGGCUUAUUUCGUGGUCAAGGUGAAUCAUCGACGGAUGCUUCAAGCAGCCGUAGAGGAUAAUCAGUGGCCUCUUCAUUAUGCCACUGAAAAAAAGCUGCUGAAACACAUAAGGUUGAAGGACCGGGUGUUUUUGUUGCUGAAUGAUUUCGAACACAGCGUGUUCCACGGGUGUCUGUACAUAAUGACGCUCGACGGGGUUGGCUUGAAGGCAGAGAACGUGAGGGAAGAAUUCCGUUACAACUACUUGAGUUAUCCCUAUCGAAUCAAGUGGGAAUGUCGUUGUUGGUUGUUGCACGAUCAAACGAGGCAUCUGAGGGACUCUGACAACGUGCGUGUCGAUUCACUCAGGGAUGGAAGCGAAAUACCGGAAAGAGCAGCAACAGAGCUGAUUCGGCUCAUGAGGGAAAAUCCAGUUCGAUCCGCGCAGGUCCAAAAUACGUGUUUGCCUCGUGGUGUUCGGGCCCCAACCGGCGAUUUCCAGAUCCGGAAUGAUUACUACGUUCAAAAUGUCGAAUACGCGACUCAUCACUCAAAUGGGCGGAAGUCCAAUGAAACUGAAGGGAAGUUUGGUAAAGAUGAAAAUUGGAACGACAGACAGCUUGGAAUGGGAACCAACAUGUAA